GAGCGGCUCGGUGAAGAGGUACAGCGGCACGAUGGAUGCCUAUAGGACCAUCGCAAGGGACGAGGGCAUUAAAGGGCUCUGGAAAGGUCUCUCUUCAGGUGAUCCCGCCCGGCCGCCCUCAGAAUAACUCAGCUAUAUGUGGCCUUGGUUAAUCCUUAAGACGUGCGCCGCAGAGUCGCGUCGCUGCUCAUCCUGCAGUGAAAGUCCUGCUCUGAGACACAGAGGACUUUCUCCUCCUGAGAGGACAGCAUGCAGAUUAACCACAACGGCCCUCAACACAGGACACCUCCACCGUUGCAGUGAUGCCUCCUGUGGUGCGUCUACCAGUCUGAAGGGUGAACCAGAACCAGCCAACACCAUGAGCGUCGACACCGCCUGCAGGCCGGAGCUGGACUCGGAGCACAACGGCGAGCUGGCCGACCUGGUGGCAGCCAUGAACGUGGCCGCCAACCGAAUAACACCUCCUAAUGGCCACAGGCCCGGCCCCCCGAGGGCCACCAGCUCUAACAGAACCCGACUGUCGGACCGGAAGAUGUCCCUGCAGGAGAAUCGGAGCCGCAUAGCCCGACAGCCCACCAUCGAGACCAAACGUGUGUCCAUCACAGACGCUGAUGAUUGUGUCCAGCUCAACCAGUACAGAUUAAAUAAAGAGAUCGGAAAGGGUUCGUACGGAGUGGUGAAACUAGCUUACAAUGAAGACUCUGAACAGUACUAUGCGAUGAAAGUCGUCUCGAAGAAGAGGCUGAUGAAGCAGUGUGGAUUUUUCCGCCGUCCGCCUGUUCAAGGGUCACAGCAGGAUCUGUUCCCUAAAGCCACAUUGCCUCUGGAGAAGGUGUACAAGGAGAUCGCCAUCCUGAAGAAGCUGGACCAUCACAAUGUUGUGAAACUAGUGGAGGUGCUUGAUGAUCCACAAGAAGACGGACUUCACAUGGCCUUCGAACUGGUGACAAAAGGCCCGGUGAUGGAGGUGCCUACAGACGAGCCUUUCACAGAGGAGCAGGCUCGCUUUUACUUCAGAGACGUCGUCCUGGGAAUGGAGUACUUGCACUAUCACAAGAUCAUCCACAGGGACAUCAAACCCUCCAACCUGUUGCUGGGGGACGAUGGUCACAUCAAAAUCGCAGACUUCGGAGUGAGCAACGAGUUCGAGGGGACGGACGCCCUCCUGUCGAGCACGGCGGGGACGCCGGCCUUCAUGGCUCCAGAGAUGAUGACCGAGCACGAGAACUGCUUCAGCGGAAAGGCGUUAGACGUGUGGGCGAUGGGAGUCACGCUGUACUGUUUCGUCAUCGGGAAGUGCCCUUUUUAUGACGAGUACAUCGUCUCUCUGCACAACAAGAUCAAGAAGGAUCCUGUGGAGUUUCCAGACACGCCUGUGAUAACUAAUGAACUGAAGGAGCUCAUUGUGAAGAUGCUGGAUAAAAACCCCGAAACAAGAAUCACCAUCCCUGAAAUUAAGCUCCAUCCGUGGGUGACGGAGAACGGCUCCAAUCAUCUUCCUCUGGAGGAGGAGCACUGCUCGGCGGUGGAGGUCACUGAGGAGGAGGUGCAGAACAGCGUCAAACUCAUCACCAGCAUUUCCACUGUGAUUCUGGUGAAGUCCAUGCUGAGGAAGCGCUCUUUCAGUAAUCCCUUUGAGUGUCAGGGCAGACGGGCGGAGAGGUCCAUGUCUGCCCCUGGAGGUCUUCUUAUGGGCUCUUGGGGCUUAUUGGGGUCUGCGCUUCAUCCCUCCCUGAGGAAUGCGAGCCACGAGGGGAGCAGAGAUGGAGAGCUGGAGGAUUUGUAUGAAGAUGAAGCAUUUGCAGAGAGUACAGAAUAAAAACAGAUGAUAAAUCAGGAGCGACCGACCAUGUGGAAAUUUGUUUUUCUACCUUUCUUCUUUCAUUCUCUCUUAAUUUUGCUUCCUGCUCGCUGUACUUACAUGCUUUUCUCACUUUAGUGCAGACAACCUGUGAUAUCUAAUAUUUAAAAGAUGGAUAGCUCAUGACCUAAAAUGAUCACAACCAAGAUUAUAUUUCAUUCUGCUCGUUUACUGAUUUGUUAAUAUUUCAGGCACAGAUGGCAUGAUUGGUGAUCUUUGGGUUGUUGUUGAAAAUGAUAUGAUAUUUUUACAUUUUCCUACAUCAGUUGAAGACAAUAAAAGCUCCUAUUUCAAAGAAAAAUGCAGCUUCUUUACAGCACCACAGCAAGUGUGUUGUGUUGAAUGUGAAACACUAGAUGGCGACCUCGUGAUGACAAGCCUUCCUCCUGUCCUUGGUUCACCUCUCACUUCUUUUUUAUUUCUUUACUUCAUUAUUUUUGGGUCAUAAUUAUAAAGCAAGAAAUUAAAAAAAAAAAAACACUUCAGAAACAAUCAGACAGUGGCUUGAUUUUUAAGCCUGUGUCAGUAUCAAGUGCACUUAAUUCUCCAGACCAGCAGAGGGCGGCAUUUUGUUGCAAGUAAAGAUAUCAACUACAAACCAGGAGGCCUUGAGCUUGAGAUCUUUGAAACAGCAUGAACUCACACUGCUAGAGCUCAGAUUUGACCUAUACAGCAAUUGAAAGAUGUUCUAAAACAGCCAUAUCGUCAGAUUCUGACAUAUGAUCAUCAUCAUCUGGACUAUGUUCACAAUAUCAACAAAACUCUUGCAGGAAAAUAAUGCAAUAUCUAAUAAAAAAAAUCCACUGGUUCAGGCAAAUAUUGUAUAUACCACAAUAAACACAUCACAACUUUCUAUCUUUGGUUGGUCAAACAGACACCUUGUGUGAUGUCUGUCAUGUGUCAUGGAAAAUAUGAGGUGAGAAUGAAAGAUUCAUGCAUUCAUUCAUUCAUGUUGCUCUCAAUUUCAAUUGAAUUGAUUGAAGCAAAUUCAAAACUGCCAAGCCAAUGAAAAUCUGAAGAAAAAUAACUUCAGUGUUGAAAUGUAAAUAUCUUCCUGGUUAAGGAACAUUAAUAUCUUUCAUAUGGUAUACAAACACAGCUGUCUUCUCUCAUUAACUGUGUUGCAAAAAUAGAUGUUCCAUGUCUGAGGAUGAGAAGGAGGAAUGAUGUAGAAAAUCACUGACCAAGAGAGCUACUGUCAGUCACCACCACACUGAUCAGCGCAAGUUUCAGGUAUAUCAUGCCGUGCAUACAGCUCUGGUUUUUGGAGCAGCAGGCUUUAAGUUAAAUGUACAGACGACAGCGUGCUGUAAAGCGGGCCUGAAGGUUUCUCUGGAGGUGUGUGUUGUAGGUGGACCAACAUCUGUGAUGGUCUCAGACGGAACAGAGCGAUGUGGAAAAAAGACAAUGGCGGCAAACACUGAGAGGGGAAGAAAAGAUCUGGAUGUCUUAUGAAAAACUAUAUAGUUUUCUUUAGCUAACAAAUGAACUACUUUGAAGAAACAGUUCAACAUUCUGGGAGAAAUGUUUGUUCCCUUUCUUUGGGGAAACAGCUGCCUGGUUCUGUCUGAAGGUGAAAAAAAAAAAUCCCUUCAAGAUCACAACUUGUUUUUUUACAUUCCAGUUUUUGUACAGAUUAGAUUAAUAAGAGACACUGUGUUCAAGGUGCUCGUAGGUGGAUUGUGUCACAUUUAAACAGAGCCGGGUGAACUGUUUCUGUCUGUUUUAAGUCUUUAUGCUAAGUUGUAGCAGUCCCAUUGUUGAAGACUUGCUAUCUUUCUUUUGUUUUGGGAUUAUUUUCAGAAUCCCUCUGGACUAAUUGCAGGAGAUUCAGAUCACCUGUGCUGUACGCAGGUUGGGGAGACUGACUACUGAGUGAGGAGUGGAAGCAGCUUGGUGCAUUCCCCUCCCAGCCAAUCGUGCUAUGAUGGCGCCCUCUUUGAGAAGGAUUAAAAUAGGUGGGGAAUGGCACCCAGGUGGCUCUCACACUCAUUCUGAAUCAGUCUCUGACUCAGUGAGAACCUCAUCCCCUCAGAUUGCUUGCUGGAAAUUCUGGUCCAUUUGGCCCUCUCCUGUUUUCUUGGCUGCCCUACGUCAUUCUAGUGAGGGAACUGUGUUGAUUCCUGAAACUCUAGCCCCUAUACACCUUCAGUUUUAUCCCAUGAAGAGGCAUUUGUUGAUUGGUUUGUUGUCCAAGUAGCUGACAUUGGGCACCCCCUCUAGAUUUACAUGUUCUUUGUUUAUAUUUUGAUGUAGGUUGUGCUGGCUUUUAAGCAUUUUACUGCCAGUACAGCCACAAAGUUAAGACAAAAGGCUCAUAUUUAUUGUAGACAAAUCAUCUAUCAUUUGCUCUCAAUAUGAUUUUUCAUUGAGGUAGUAGGACUAAUGUCACGAUUUUAUAGAAGGAAAAGCUUGAAUUAUUUCUGUAAUCGGAUCGGGUGUUUUAUGAAAGCUGUAGUAACACAUUUUCUAUCACAGAUAAACAUCUUAUAUCCUCAAGUGGCCUGUAGCCUCCAGUCAAACACAGCCUAAAAAUGGUUUAAAAUAUAAAUCCACUCUUCCGUUACAUUCUGUGUGUGAGCUGCUCCGUAAAUAUGUUAAAAUUAGACAAAAACAACUAAUAAGCCUCUGCAAGCUGAAAUGGUUCAUGAGACCAUUUGUAUUCCUGCAGUCAGCCCAUUUUUCAGCCGUUGCAGUUAUGUGAAGACCAAAGAGGAGUGUUUCUGAGCAAAGAUUUCUGUGGAAACAGUUGCCAUGCAACAGCACAAUACUGCGCUCAUACAGAGUAGUAACUUCACUGUAUGACUGCUCUUUUUCCUGAGCUCACUGCCUGAGUAGUAAUGCACCGACCUAUCCUGUCCUAUUCUAUUCUCCUGUAUUUACUGCAUCUUAAAGUACACAAUAUGGUCUUUGUUUUCUGGGCUGUAACUGUGGAGUCAUUGUCUCAUGGAUGGGCAGAGGAAACUUUGCUCGAGCGUCUGGGUCCACACCCAGACUCCCUUCAGUUUCCACAUCCAGAGCCAGCUGCAGUUCAGCCUCGGAUAUUUAGCUAAACACUGACCCUUGGCUCUCACUGUUCGCCCUGUGUUCCUGUCAUCACGCCACGUUUCACCCCUCUUUUCUCUCCUCCUCACUGACUGUUAUUCACCACGACUGACCCCACUGGCCCGCUGUCAACUGAACUGUACUUCCCCCUCAAGGCUGCAAAGGGGAGGAAGGUUUUUCCCUUUUUUUUUCCCUUCUUCCCUGCACUGUUGGGAAUCCCCUGUGCCCACAUUCAUAAUGAGUCACCAGCUCAGACGUCAGGCAGCCCCACAAACACUGGAAGGUAUAAUUUGUCAGCUGGUUGGCACCUGAGGAGCUAAUUGUAAAACAAAGCAUGACUGGCUAGAUGCUGUUAAGGUAAAAAGAACACACACAGAUGCCUCAUGCUGAGGAACAGCAGCACAGACAGCACUCCUUCAGAGAUGAACACUGGAACACACUGGAAAUACAAAGCAAGGAAAGUUCAAAAUGGCAUGAUAAUGAUACACAGAAGCCAACUGACUGCAUGUCAGAUGCAGGAUCUUGGGAACAUACGAUCUUUGAACAAAGGACUUUGGGAACAAAGAACCUUGGAACAUAAGACCUCAGGAUCAUAGGGCCUUGACUGCAUAAGAACUUAAAAAAAGGGACUUUGGGACCCUGUGACAUAAGACCAGAAAAACAUAGGAUCUUGGGAAUAUAGGAUCCUGGAACAUAAGACCUAACAAACAUAGGAUCAUGGGAACAUAGGAUCCUGGAAUGUAAGACCUAACGAACAUAGGAUCUUAGGAACAUAGGACCCUGGAACGCAAGAUCUAACAAACAUAGAAUCUUGGGAAUGUGAGACCUCACGAGCAUAGGGCCUUGACUGCAUAAGAACUUUAAAAAAAGGACUUUGGGAACAUAGGGCCCUGUGACAUAAGACCUAACAAACAUAGGAUCAUGGGAAAAUAGGAUCCUGGAACGUAAGACCUCAAGAACAUAGGACCUUGGGAAAAUCAGACCUUAGUGACAUGGACCCCUGGAAUAUAGAAUUUUGAGGAACAUAGAACCCUGGGAAAACACAUAUAUAGAACUGGGGAACACAGAACAAUUCAAACAUAAUUAAGAAUAGAAUACAACACAAGCAGUAAGUGGUAACUGUUGCAGUAGCCUUUUCACACCGAGGACCUACAGGGCAGUCGGUGUCAGCAUGGUCAGAGUGCAUGUUCAUGUGUUUUGGAGGAGCAGCUGUGAAUAGAGAAAAUUUAGCCUGCUCUUUUUGCUCUGCAUCUCAGACUUCACUAGACUGGCAAAAAGGAAAAUGACUUAAAGAGGAAAUUUCUAAAAUCUAAGUGCACGCAUCCAAAUUGAGUCAGUGACUGCAGCUGAUGAUGAAGCUAGAAAUCUGCAAGCUACAGACAGGAAAACAAAAUCAAAACUUUGUGAACUAGUGAAGACAGUAGGGUAUCAGCGCAGUUACUUUGUAUGCAGGAAAUGCAAAAACAGAUAAUAGAUUUUUGUCUUCUCUGCUGUACUCUUCUUCAUUUGGGUUUAUGAGAGAUCAUUUUUCCUUCAGGCGACGUGGUGUGACUGUGACUCUCCUGCAAUGGGAGGCCUGGACAGAACAUGCAGCGUGACGUAACUGUGAGACAGCAGGGGGACGGAGGGGGAGGAGGAGGGGGUAGGACUUAAUUUUAGACUCACCUUUUACAAACUUCUGCUCAUUGCGCAAGCCUCUGUAGUUAUGAAUAAUCUCCUCCGGAGUUAUUAGGAAUCGGUUUGAUCAUCAGAAACGACAGACAGGAAAAUGCUGAAACUCUUCAGCUGACAGCAGUGUUGCUGUAUGUUGCAGCCAGAUGGAGAGCCCUCAUUCGGAGGACGAAGCUCUCCAAAAAAAAAAGAGAAAGAAAUCACACUUCAGCACCUCCUAUCACAUGCAAUGUAUCCUGCAAUGUUUUGGGACAAGUGCCUUCCCUAAAAUAGUCUCUUAAAAACCUUCAGCUGAACGUUGUGGCACUUUUUGAUAAAUAAUACAAAGUCUAAAUGUUAUCGUGAAUAAUUCAUGCUGCAGCAGUCAUGCAUAACAGCUGUCUUUGUGCCUGAGAGAGUCAGCAGCGCUCUUUGUCCUAUCAUAAAAUAACACGGUGGGGUGAACUUUGAGGAAAAACCGGCAGAUAUCGGAGUUGAUUAUCUUUUAUUAUCUGUGUGAUUUCAUGUCAUGUCGCGUGUUUGCUCAGCUGGAGGUAAAACUGAUGAAUCAGGCUCUCUUAACCGAAGAUAUGAACUCUCACCAUCCAUACAGAGGCACAGAGUCUCUAUAGUGGAGGGGCUGUCACAUUGAUGUCUCUGGUCUACUCACUGUCUACUCACAGGCUGCAGGGAGACCUAUUUAUAGAUCUGUCUCUGUUCUCUGCUUCGACGUCGGUCCCCUCUUUCCCUCCAUCUCUCUUUUCUCUCUCCUGCCGUCCCUCUAAUGGGUUGAUAUUUCUGGAGCUGUACUGCUAUUAUCUUCUUUUGCAUCUUUGAGGUGCAGAUCACGUUACGUCAGAUCAUAAACUUUUCAACAUCCGACUUGUCUGUUUUAUCAGUGGCUGUGCUCAGGAAUAUAAUCUCCAGUGCUGAAGAAAAGUGACUUAAACAUUAAUCUGGGUCUUUAUUUCGAACACCUGGCUGGUCGCGGGCAUGUUUCACUUCCAGGCCUCCAAACCUUACAAAGCCACUGAUCUUCAUCCAUCCAUCUUUAUUCUUGGGAGCGUCACAAGUUUUAAUUACUUGUGAAUCAAACUUCAGGCUGCUGUCUUUCAGCGUCUGGUCCGUGGAGCUGUCACUUUUGCCCCAGAGCAACACGACUAGCCGUGACAGCCAUGUGGUUUGGUUAGUGAUGAAUGGUCCAGCGGCGUCUGUGAGACGCCCGUGCCACAGGAGGUUAAACACCUUUUAGGGCAGGAAUUUGUUGACAGCGAGAAAAGCUGUGUCCAGUGUCGAGUUAACAAAGGAAAUCAAUGGACGACAACUGAGCUCCGGCCUUGUGAUGACCUUUUGGCAAAAAUCAUUGACCUCAUGUCCUCUGAGUAAACAACAGCAAAGGGAGGACUUGAGGAAACCGUUUUUCUCCUGGAAAAAAAAAAGAUGGUUGCAAACACGAGGGGAAAAAAAGACGGAAAUAGCCCAUCUGUCUCAUCUUCACAAUGAUGCAAUAGGUGUCUGAGCAGUGCAGCAAGGAGCCUGGCUGAUAGUGGGAUACUUAUUAUAGCCCUAGCAACAAGAACGGGAUUGGUGGCCGCGGAGAGUGAGCCUGUCAGCGAUUGGCUGCCGAGGAGGACAGCUCAAAGCACAGAAUUUCAUCUCAUGAAAGGUUCAGUGCAGCAGGCUGCAGCAAGAGGCUGCAGUCUGAGGGUGGGCGAUCCAGCAGUUUGCCACUUCAGCUUAUCAAUCAGUGUGGGGGCUCGACUUUGAAGCACACAGAUACGCUUAAUUACUCCGAUAAACCCAAGCUUUUGUGGUAAAAACACGGCUUGUGCACGUGCAUUGAAUAGAAAAUCAACCCUCCACCGUCCAUCAUGAGACACUGGAUUUUAAUUUAAUAUCUCUGCUGUGAUUGUAAAACCUGUCAUCUUUUGGAGCAAUAUUCUUUGAUCUGUGCUCUGAUUUAGUUAAUGAUUAGCAAAGCGGCCUUGGAGAGGAGCCUCCAUUAAGACAUACUGUAGUUGUUGUGCGAGCUGGCAGCGUCUCUGCACUGCAGCUGAUACAAGACUCCAUCUCACACGCUCACCCACAAACACUCAUCACAUGCAGUGGUGCAGGCACACACAGCGCACGGCAUCCACACGCACACAAACACACAAACACACAAACACACACCUGCUAUGUGAUGCACGCAGGGGUUACCUGAGGUCAUACCGACUUCCUGCAUCAGUGUGUAGGCUGUAAAAAAAAAACCUCAACAGUAAUGAACUCACAGAAUGAGAAGAGAUGAGCUGUGUUUUUUCUGGUUAUGGCUGUAAAUGGCUGCUUUACAGAGAGAAAUGAAAAUAAAGAAUAAUACCGAUAAACAAAUAACUUUAAUGGGCAACAGAUGGCAACCAAAAAAACUCCUCAGAGCAUACAGUUUGUAUCCCCCCCCCACCUCCGCUAGCUUCCAGUAGGUCAGCUCUGCUCGGAUCUAGAUUUGUGAUUUAAAUCUACUUCUACUCAUUUCUUGCAUGUACUUUUUUCCCCCCCAUGUCACAGAAACAAGGAUCAACAUCCAGAAAUAAUGAAAACACAAACCACAGAGAAACACAAAUUAAUCGAAAACAAAGGAACACAAUGCAUGUAUUCUUGGCAAUGAGUGAACGUCUCUUCUUCAACAAAGAAAAAGUGAAAGGAAAAAAAAAUAAACCAGUUUCCGCUUGUUGUCACUCACAAAACCUGAAACAAACUGACAUGUACGAUUCGACCCCCUCCCCUCCCCAGCUCUGAUAUUCAUAAGCUUGUGUGUGCGCGGUUGUGCAGCUCGGCAUUAGGAUUUCAUGCUAUUUGUCCGGCGAGCCUUUCGACACCAUCAACUUUAUACUACGUUAAAAAUAAAUCAAAGCAGCUGUGACAUACAGUGCAAGCUCGCGGAGGCUGAGUCAUGAUGGUGACAUAAUUGGCAUACCAUGAGCGAGGCUGUGUGACUGACCUUAAGGCUUUUGGUUUCUCUCUUAAGCCAUCACAUGUGAGAUAAAAAAUAAAAGUCCCCCACACCCCCCCCAAAAAAAGAAACUGCCAUCUGUAUGAAUAUAUUAAUGUAGUAAUCUAUAGAACUAGCAGCAUUAUGAUGUAAAUCCGUUCAGCAGCUUUUCUGUGCUCUUAAGCAGCUUCCUAGUGUCUUAAAAGUUUUGUUCUGAUUUUGCUAAUCGAUAACCGCUUUUUCUACUAAAUCGCCGGUGACUCUUACUAUUUGUGCAUUGGUGUUGAAUAUUCAUAUCUGUGUGCUGUACAGAGAGCAGACACAUGUAAAAAGUGAGGAACCACCGAAGGGAAGAUAUUACAUGCUUUUUGCAGGAACUUCAAAUACUGGCAGAUAAAUCCUCUUUUUUUUUUUUUUUUUUUCUUACAGUGAAGGUUAAGUUGCAAAUGAGGCAUAUCAAAUAAUGAUACAGGCACAGAAAAGAAAAGCACAUACUGCACUCUGGGCACAAAAACAAAAGCCGUGUUUUUUGUUUUUUUUUUCCUUCCUCAAAAAACAAAAUCUUCUCAUAGGUGACGAUACAACAAUACACUAGACCACCACGGAAAUGGUGCAUGUAUAAUUUAGUCAUAUUCUUUUUUAUUAUCAUAGCUAUUAUUUCGGUUCUUGUGCAACUGCUACAUAAUGACUCACAUUCAAGAUAUUUUUGUCACUCAGGAACAGCUAAAAUGUAUAAAAACAAACAAACGAAGAGGAAAAAAAAAAAAGAGAAAGGUAUACUGUCAGAAAUAAAAUAUGGUCCAUGUUUGUGGAUUCAUAACAGAAACAUUGAGGCUGAAAACUUCACCAUUAUUAAAACUGGAUAGCAUGACAGAAAAAAAGUACUUAAAUACUGUUCAGAAAAUAUCAUAAUCAUACUUCAAUGUGACGAAAAACACCAGCUGGCAAAGGUUAAGUGAUCACUGGUGGGUUUUUAUCUUCCUUUUUUUUUCUUUCAUUAACAAAUUAAAUACACAUAUUGCAUGUCACUAUAGCAACGCCCAUUACAGGUCAAUUUUUACGAUCACCAUUUUGGUAUAGCAAAUCAAAAAACCAUAACAAAAAGAACUGAAAUAAAUUAGAGAUCAGAAAUCAAAACAUCAGACAAAGCCUGUUUUUCUCAAUCAUAUGAAUACUUAACACCCACAGUAUAAGUUAAUAAAGUCAAGCUACUGUAUAUAAAUACAUCACCAGCAUGCACAAUAUUGAAUAAUCGAUAUUAUUGUUGUCAUCAUCUUACACUGAAGAAACAGUAUAGUAGGCAAGUGCAUUUAAUAAAACAAACACAGAAGUAAACCACAAACUCUGAAGCUGCUUUUAUUUAUUUUUUUGUCUUUUUUUUGUCUUUUUUUAAAUUGAUUUAUAUCGUUAAGUCUCUGCCUUUUUGUAAUCUUCACCUCCAAAAAGAAUCUAUGGUUCCAGUGACAUAACAGACUAAUCUGUGAGAUGCCAAAUACACUUCAGACAGAAAGAGGGGAAUCGAUUUUAUGAUCCAGUCCUCGUUUUCACUCCUUUCAAUUUGUGUUUUUUUUUUUAAUAUUUAUUUUUUUUAAAGGGGGGGCGGUGGGACUAAUCGGUUUAAAACUUCCUUUAUUCUCAUUUUAAGUGUGAGUU